AUGAAGUUCUUCGAGAACGUCUUCACCUACGACUACUCCUUCCCUGCCGUCUCUCUCGCCUACUUUCUCCGUUAUCCCAAUCCCUACUCUCGCCAUGUAUUGACGACCGAUGUCAUCGACCGCUAUGUUGACCCGAAGACACACCGACUGCACACGACCCGGCUCCAUCUCAAAAAGUCCAAAGUCCCCUCGGGUAUCCUGAAAUUGCUCCCUAAGGGCAUCGGAGGCUCCGACAAUUCCGGCCAGACCUAUAUCCUGGAGACGACCAUUGUUGACGUCAAGGAAGGCUGGAUGGAGACCGAAUCCCGCAACAUGGAGUGGACGGGCAUUCUUAGCGUGGUGGAAAAGCAGUUUUACCAGCGACAGCCGCUGGAGGGCUCCCUGCAGCGUCUGGAAGGGCUCUCGCUGGAUGACCAGAAAAGCGAGCAGACCACGGUCAAGACGACCGUGACCUUCCGGUCGCGGUUCGGUCAGGGCAAGCUCCUCGGCUGGAGGAAGACGGAUUCUAUCCCCGAUCACAACGGGGAAGUCGAUGACGAGCCGCCCCGGAAGGGCUUUUUCUCCUCUCUGUCGACGGCCGGCAUCCAGCGCACGAUCGAACUCAUUGGCGUCAACCGCACCCGCGACGCCAUCCUGAAGAGCAAGCAGGGCAUGAAUGUGGUCCUGGAGCGGCUGCGCAGUGGUGGGAUUGUCGGCGUGCUGGAGGGCAUGCGCCAGGACCGGGAGGCUGCCUUUGGGACUGAGGGCCCGUGGAAGCGCGUCUGGCUCCGCGGCAAUGGCGUGACGGACGAUGAUGAGCAUUGA